GACGGAGCAGGAAUUCCGCCUAUGCGCUGGUGACAGCCUCGUUGAUGGGCUAACACCGAUGAUGACCAUCCCCUGGCCGUACAGAUCUGUUGCCCAGCGACGAGCGGCGAUCCCCGAAGUCAACUAGCCAGCUGCGAGCAGCUUGGCCGCAGUGCAUCCCCAAGACACACAGCUGUUUUCGGCGUGAGUCAGACUUGACAGACGGUGGAAGAAGCCAAGUGUUUGCCCUGAUGCUCAGAGUUGGACCGGUGCCUUUUCUCCACGGGAACCCCUCUCUGGGAUUAACUAGAAGAGCCAACUGAACGCAGAAGAGUUUUAGAAAUAACAUUAUGGAUUUGUUCGGGUUGCUGCACUUGGACGAACUGUCCCACGGGCUGGCAAACUUGUCCAUGUUUCCAUACUUUGACAUGGCGCACUACAUGGUGUCAGUCAUGGCUCUGAGGGAGCAGCCAGGAGCUCUCGAGGUUUCCAGAGUCAGCCCCUUAGCCUGCUGGUUCAGCUCCAUGCUCUUCUGUUUUGGCGGCGCUGUGCUGUCUGGGAUCAUGCUGGCCGAGCCACCUGUAGCACCUUUGACCAACGGCACGAGCAUUCUGCUUGCUUCAGUCAUCUGGUACUUAGUGUUUUACUGCCCCAUGGACCUGGUGUACUGUUGUGCUGCCCUGCUGCCUCUCAGGCUGGUGCUGUCAGGGAUGAAGGAAGUGACAAGGACAUGGAAGGUGCUUGGAGGGGUCACCCAGGCUCAUAGCAAAUACAAGGAUAGCCUGCUGGUCAUGAUUGCCAUUGGGUGGGCUAAAGGUGCUGGAGGUGGUCUGAUAAGUAAUUUUGAGCAGCUUGUUCGAGGUGUGUGGAAACCGGAGACUAAUGAGCUGCUCAAAAUGUCUUACCCAACCAAGAUCACCCUGAUAGGGGCCGUGCUGUUUGCUCUGCAGCAGACACACUACCUGCCUCUGCAGAAGCACCACCUGAUGCUCAUCUACACCAUCUUUACCGUCGUUAACAAGUCAAGGAUGAUGCUGACAGGCUCCUCCGCCUCACCAUUUGCUGCCGUCGAGUCAGCCAUCUACAAGACCCUCUUCGCCGGCUACUCCCCUUAUGCCGCCCUCACUGACGAGGUAAAGAAAACAUGUAUUGAUAAUGGCACAACAAACACCUCCACCGCCACAACCAAAGAGUCCAGAGAGAACGGAGCAACAGGGAAACACACCCCAGUUUCUCCUGUCAAGGGACAAUGUGAAUCGCUCAAAGCCAAAGAGGAGUCAGAGAGUACAGAGACAACAAACUGCAAAAAGACCAACUAGUCAGCCUCUAUAAGCCCCAUAGCGCCUUUUCACCUCUAAGCUGGGUUGUGGAGUCAUUUCUGAUUCAGAUUUGCCUUAUCAGGACUUAAACUUUCUUUUCUAUUUUCUUUUAUCAAGAAGCAUGUUUUUGUCCUGCUGGCUAAAACAUUUUUUUUUAUUCCAUUAUUUCCAUUUAUUUAAUUUCUUUCGCAUUUCUCAGAAUUCAAUUUAAAUCCUUCUGCUGAAAUAGAAUUUCAAUAAGAGCUGACUCCAGCCAACCCUGCACCUUAUUCUGGGAUAAUUACCCCAUCCUUAAAGUACUGUAAUAUUUAUACUGUUGGAUGUGAACAUCAUAUUAUCCUUGGACUGAUUGCACACUUGCAGUACAAUGUGUAGCUUAAUUAUUAUAUAUAUUACUAUAUAUUUAUAAUGAGAACAAACUUGAUAAUUUUAUCUCCGGGUUUUGGGAACAGUGCUGUGCACCUGCUGAUCUAUGAAUGUCUAUAUCUUUGUCUUUCUUUCUUUCUGUUUCCUUCUGUAUAUAUUCUGCUUCAUGUAAAUGAUAUAUUUCCUAAUCUGAUAUAGUAAUGGAUUUUUCUAAAACAGAGAUUAUAUUCUGUGACACUCAGACAUUUUAUUCUAUUUAUACUAAAUAAUUCCACUCUUGAAUGUAUAACGUUUCAAAAUGGAAGACAACUUUUUUAUUGUGUUGUGUUUCUUUGGUGAAUGCUUUGAAUUACAACUGAAAGCAUGUGAAUGAACAGAUUUAAAUACACUAUAAAAUGUGUUCUUGUGAUACUUAGCCUCCAGAUUUAUCAGACAGAUUUGUACAGUUCAACCCAAACAGCUGGGUACAACUCAACUACUUAAAAAAAAGAUCAGCAGUUACAUUAAAAAAAUUCUGUGCCCCUGAAAUAAAUCUACACAUUAAUACAGAAUCAAACAUCAUGUAGCUCAUGUAGCUCUCAGCACGUGUUCAUGGUAUCAUGUGUCGAAGAAUAAUUGAUAACUGUAUUAGCUGCUUUUAAGCUGAUAUAGCAGCACAGCGCCCAGAAGUAAGGUUACUUCUCUAUAGGCCAAAAGAUUGCAUCAGUGUAACAUCAGCACCUGAUUGAUACCUCACCCUCUUUAAAAAGCUGCUGGAGAGAGAUCCCCCAAAUCCCCACCAAUUCUCAUCUGUGUAACCUCAGACAGCGAAGAAGCCCCCAGUGAAUACAAAUUAAGAAUGUGAGGGGGGGGGGCUUCGAGGAGAAAAGAGAAGAUGUUCAAAGACGAUCAAAAGAUACUGGUUGAGAUGAUGUACCUGCCUUUAAUACGUCUAAGUCCAUAGAUUUCAGAUGUACGCAUGUCAAUUGCAGGCUUGUGUGCUCGAAGUGUUUGCUGCAGAACCGCUUUGUGUUUGCGUGUGUGUGUUGAUAUUACUGUCUCUGAUGUUGAACUGUGUGACCUGGGAAACUGAAAGACACAUUAAUAAGCCACUGUUUUCCUCGCGCUGCCUCCUAUGACAAGAAGGCAGGUGACAUGACGACAACUCAGAGCCUGAAAGUUCCCAGACAAUUCUCUUAAUGAGGUCCGGACCUGUGUGACCCCCGCUACAAUUACUCACUGAGCUGAGCACAGCCCCUCCACUGUCGAGCCCCCGCUCCUUCCACCUUGGCCCCUCACUCCCUGUGCUUCACCUGCCCUACAGCUCUUCUCCACAGCCUCUUUUUAUCCCUCAGACUUCUGCCUGUUUUCCAGUUGUCAGGUGCAGAAAAUUAAUCCUUAAAUGUGUGCACACAGACUGACUUUCACACACACACACAGAUGUAGAUUAUACACACAAUGCAUGCACACUUUCCUAUACACAUGACUUUGAACCCAUGGUGGCUUCUUGAGUAGAGGGCAUGGAUAUAGCAAGGAUUUGGCAAAAUGGCUCAGGAAUAUCCGAUUUUCCUCUCUUCAAGCCCAUGACACACACACACAAACACAAAAACACACACUCACAACUUCUGCAUAUAGACACAAUGCAAAGAUGUUGAAUGCACACACAUUGUCAUACACAUGACUUUGACCCCACAGUGACGAGGUCAGGUACAUACUAAGAUGAUGGCGUACUACCCACAGAUUUUUUCAGUCCACAGGGUUUUAUGUGGCUUCAUUACAUGGCCUGAACCUUUAGUUCCAGCUUGAAAACACACACAGUAAAUUUCAAA